AUGUCAAUAACAACGGAAACAACUUCUGUUCAGACUGGAGUUACUUCCUCCGGUCCAUCAACAACAGAAGCGGCAAAAUCAAUCGGAGAAUCAGGAAUAAUGCCAACGCUUCCAUUACUGUCAUCAAGAGUACUGAUUCUACCGGUGAAUCAGAAUCUGGAACAUGAGUUGAGAGGUUCCUAUCACUCUCAAAUUUACCACAAUCAAGGCGUAGAACAAACUGCGGAACAUGGAACAGCAUGGAUCAAUGCUCAAUUAGGAUUGGACCAAUGGGGACGUAAUAAAAAAUCAGUGUAUAACACACCCCAGAGUCUUGAUCAAAUCAUUAUAGGCCAGAAAAAUAAUACCAUCACAAGUAUGCUGGUCUGUAUCGCUGCAUUAGAGCAAUCUCUUCAAAAGGUUAACCCUAAUGGCAGCGUGAAUAAGUUAAGCAGGAGUUGUUCCAGAAGUAUACCAAUAGCAAACCCUAGUUGGUAUUACCGCGCUGAACCAAGUCAGCCGACUUUUAUCCCGACAAUCAGAAAUUUUACCUUUGAUGGUCGGCCAUUACCUUAUAAUGGAAAUCCCCAAGGGUCAGCAUCUAAUUAUGGGACUACACCAGUUGUUCCAGCUAUGAGAUGGCCACCAAGAGCUCCCGGUUAUCCACCAAAAGCACUAUUCCUCCCGGAACAAGGAGGGCAGCCAGAACCUGGAUCGCGAAUUUUGCCAAGAUACAUUCAUACGGUAGAAGAAUUGCUGGAAGAAGAACAAUGGAUUGAGUAUGAAGCAAAUCAGGCACAGAAUCAGACUAGGGCAAGGAACAAUACUCGGAGAAGAGAUGCUAGAAAUCCACAAAGGGAAAAUCAACCAGAAGCACAACUUUAUCAAGAACACGAGAGAGACUUUCGACAAGAUGGUUUUGCUCGAGAAGAAGAGACCGCACCUACAUUUACUACUGAGGUUGGUUUCAAAACAAUGGUGGAAGACAUGGUACAAAAGAAACAAGGAAUAGAGGUGCCAGAGGUGAUGGGAAAGCCUUCUUGGUGGAUUCAAGCAUCAAUUGACAGAGUUGGAGCAACGGUUUGGUGGGCAUUACCAUCAGCCAGUAGCAUAGCAAGAAGUUACUAUCAUGGUACAUGGUCAUCCACAGACAUGGGUUCAGAAACCGGCACCAGGCGAGAUCCUACAGAAUCAUCUUCAACAACCGAUGCUCCAUCGUCAUCAUCUUAUAUCCCCACUACUCCCACAAACUCCACCAGUUUUUCCAACAACAGUCCAACCAUCUUGUAUUGGCAUUCCUCUUCAUGGGCAUGCACCUGCGGUACCCUCAGGAUUUUAGCCUAUACCAGGAUUGACAAAUACGGUAGGCCAAUGCAGGCCACCGUGCACCACGAUUGUACUCUCCCAGAAUGGAAGAUGUUGUGGCAAGAAGUCAACAGGCCGCACAAUUACAAGCUGCUUUCGCUGUCGACUCUAGCUAUCAUUAUUGAAGAAGUUUCUGAUGAAGACAAUUGA